AAUGAAGAAAAAACAAUAAGGUGAUGUGGAAGGGAGAGAGAGAGAUAUGGCAACAAUGCUGCUACUCCCUUUCCGAACUCUCAUUCCUUCUUCUUCUUCCACUUCAAACUUCCGACCGGCUCCGCUUCGUUGUUCCAACGAUCGCCAGGCGCUCUUUAACCGCAUUGCUCCUGUAUAUGAUAACCUGAAUGAUUUGCUGAGCUUGGGUCAGCAUCGAAUUUGGAAGCGCAUGACUGUUUCCUGGGCUGGAGCUAAAGCGGGAGACCAUGUGUUGGAUAUUUGCUGCGGAAGUGGCGAUUUGUCCUUUCUCUUGUCCCAGAAAGUGGGGUCUGAUGGAAAGGUGACUGGUCUUGAUUUCUCCAAGGAACAACUAUUGAUUGCCUCAUCUAAACAGCACUCGAAGAACUGCUUCUCAAAUAUUGAGUGGAUUGAAGGUGAUGCUCUAGAUUUGCCGUUUUCUAAUGGUUCAUUUGAUGCUAUAACAAUGGGCUAUGGUCUUAGAAACGUAGUUGAUAGGCCUAAAGCUAUGCAGGAAAUUUUAAGAGUCCUAAAAGCCGGCUCUAGAGUGGCUAUCCUUGAUUUCAAUAAAAGUGAAGAGUUGCUAACUUCUACGAUUACGGAAUGGAUGAUUGACAAUGUUGUUGUUCCAGUGGCAUCUGCUUAUGGCCUUUCAGAGGACUACAAAUAUCUUAAGACUUCAAUAAGAGGAUUUUUAACAGGGAAGGAAUUGGAGAAACUUGCUUUAGAAGUUGGAUUUUCCAGUGCUCGACAUUAUGAGCUCAGUGGAGGCUUGAUGGGGUGCUUGGUAGCUAUGCGUUAGCUGAAAUAUAUGAAGCAGAACAACCGCCUCCUUUUGAACUUCUCAGCUUGUAAAAUCAUAUAGUAUACAGUUGCUUCUGAAAAAAGUAACUAUAGUUCUUGCCUUCUAUUUUGAUGCCUCAUGAUAGCUGAUGAAGGCUUGUACUUAUUUUAUUUGCAAUUGUUAACAUUACUAGGCAACACACUACUCAAGUUUUCUUAUUCUAAA